GGGCUUUCGGGUGCCUGCUGGCCCGAGGCUGGUUCCAGGCCUGGUCGCUGAGCUGCAGGGAGAAGUAAAGCGCGGAGCUGAUCGGACGAGCAGCCGGGAACAGAAGCGCUGCUUUCUUUUCAGAAUUUGGAAACAAGGAAAACUGUAACUAUAACUAUCUCACCUUCAACUCCAUCAGAGACCUGCGAAGGAUAUUCUAUUACCUGAGUAAACAGAAAGUGCAGAGCAGACAACUUCCAAAGCUAUAGAAAUGACAGAAACAGCUGGCUGCCGGGACAGUCACCUAAGAUUCCUCUGCAAUGAUUUCAGCUCAGUUACCUAUGGCUUCCCCUAAAAUUGCUUCCCUCUCUUGGGGGCAAAUGAAAGUACAAGGCUCUACCUUAACCUAUAAGGAUUGCAAAGUAUGGCCAGGAGGCAGUCGGGCUUGGGAUUGGAGAGAAACGGGAACUGAGCAUUCUCCUGGGGUGCAGCCUGCAGAUGUAAAGGAGGUCGCUGAGAAGGGUGUGCAGACUCUUGUGAUUGGCAGAGGAAUGAGUGAGGCCUUGAAGGUGCCUCCAUCCACUGUGGAGUACCUCCAGAAACAAGGCAUUGAUGUGCGGGUCCUCCAGACAGAGCAGGCAGUGAAGGAGUAUAAUGCCUUGGUUGCCCAAGGGGUAAGAGUAGGAGGCGUCUUCCAUUCCACCUGCUGAUGGAGUCACAGAGAAUAAAGCACUAAGCAACAA